UGUUAAAUCCGUCAGCCCUAUGUAAUUGUAACUCUGCCUUAAAAAAAAGUCAACGACAAGACGCAACACGACGCCACGACGGCGACGGCCAUGGCUUCGCCGGAGCUCGGCGGCGGCGACGGCAGCAGCUACGAUUUCCAUCUCCGCUCGCUCUCGGCAGCCUCACGGGACUCCGCUGCGGCCGCUGACCCCGCCUCCGACCCAACCUCCUCCAAUCCGUGAGGAGGGUGUGCGAGAUGUGCCGGGAGGCGAAGGAGGCGAGGGACGAGAUGGUGGCACGGGCGUUCCCGGUGAUGAGCAAGCUGUUUCAGCGAUGCGCCGCCGCUCCGACGCAGGCCGUGGCCUCCACCGGCACGCUGCUUCUUCUAAGCAGACUUUUCUCAGUCUUGCUCUGCAAAGAUCUUAUUCUUAACAUUUUGAUGGAUAAAUGCUCGGAUGUCAGGAACUAUGGGUCCUUUUCCGUAGAACUGUACUUCUCCCUUACAAUUUUAUCGAAAUUUCUCAGUAACGUGCGUAUAUCAUUUGGGGAGAGAGUUAAUAUAUUGCUAAGCGCAUGGUAAAUGCAUUACUUCCUGAUUCACCCAACAGUCAAUUUUAUCUGCACGGUUAUUGGUGUCAGAUUACUUUUAAAUGUUUCCUUAUUUCAUAAAGAGUUCAGUUAUACUUCUAGCAAGAAUUGUUUAGACUUUAGAGACAUGUAUUUUUCCUUCACAGACCAUUCUGCAAUUCUUCCUGAACUUUGGGGAGGCAGUCUUGCAUGAUGCUGAUGGUAGUUUGAAAACCUUCUUCCGCUCUUGCUUAAGGAGUUCGCAGAUCCUAUUGUUGCAGAGCGCACACUUGAAUUCCUUAUAGCAAACAAGACAAAGAUCCUUGGUUCUUUUCCCACCUUGAUUCCACUGGUGCAUACACACGAAAUGAUUACUUACUUCGAAAUAUUUUAUCCGUUGCUGUUGAAGUUAAUUGCAUCAAAUGGUGAGAAACUGGAAAAGAAGUUUUUGGAAGUACUUCCAUUAAUGAUGUCAGCAGGAUCUUUUCUUCCACUCUUCCUGUCCCUUAUGGAUCUGCCAAUGUUGGUGGUGGCACUGGAGAAGGUGGAAAGAAGUUCUGGAACUCUUAUUGGUAGUAGUAUAGCUACAAUUCAGAAGAGCGCUGCUCCUGAGAUGCUUCUUGCACUGAUGGAUGAGGCAUACACUGGUUCUGCAAUAGAAGAUUCUAGUGGUAUUUCAGGUUCUGAUGAUAGUAGCCCUCUAGACCUCGCUGACCCGAUGUUCCUAGACCUUCUAAAAGAUGAGAAUGAUGGCAUUGCUGCAAAACAUUGGAUAUCCCCUACAAUAUCUUCGACACUACAAGCAGCAGUUAACAGCACACAAUCAGAUAGAUUAAAACAGUCACUGGAAAUGGCACCUCGCUUUCUUUCUUUAUAUUUUGCAACUGCAUUGUGGGAUGUUAACGACUCGCUGUUGUGUGCUCUUAUUCCAGUAGUUAUGUCAAGAUAUGCUGCAAUGUUCCCAGACAAGGUUUUCUCAUUCGAGGUUAGGAAAAGACUGUCAGAUUUCAUAUUGGCUGCCUUUCAGCGAUCUUCUGACAUCAUUGCGAUACUAAAGAAGCCUAUUACUGACAGGCUUGGUGAGGCUUAUGAUGAUCCUGCAAAGACAGAAUUAGCAUUGCACUUGUGCUGGGCCAUCGGUGAGCAUGGAGCUGGAGGGAUAAAUCGCACGGAUGUAGCUCGUGAACUAUUUGAAAAUUUGGAAUUGUUACUGUAUGAAAACCUGGCAACUAGUCGUUUGGCAUUAAGCCAGGAACCAGGAUUUGAUUCAAUGGGUGUAGCUUCUAGAAAAUCAUCCCAAGCUAGGCUCCUCUGCUUUGUGGUGACCGCCAUUGCAAAACUAGCAACAUGCCACAGUGAGUUGCUUCCGAGAGCACGUGUAUCAUUGGCUAAGGUUGCUCGUACCAGAACCUCAGACAGGAGAGUCUGGCAACGUGCCUGUGACUAUUUGGGGCUCAUGAAUGAACCGGCCAUCUGUUUAUCUGUACUGGGACCGUCCACUGCCCAAGGAAAUGGUCCUGGUAUUGUUGACUGGAGCGAAGGGGGAACAAAGAUGCUAGCUCAUGUUCCCUUUUACCUUUUAGCCGAGCAAAAAGGUCCACCAUUUCAUGAUUUUUCAUUUGCGGACCUCCUCCCAGGACAGAAUGAAGAGAAAUUACCUUCAGGAAUAUAUCAUGAGGGCCAUGGUUCAGGCACUGAUUUCGCUAGCAGAAUACCAUGUCUAUAGAGAACUUAUUUCGUUAUCAUAGCAUGCUGAGGAUCCAAGCUCAUUUUCAAGAAAAGGGAUUGUAUUGUAUCAGUUACAUGAUUUUGACUAUUUGAGAGGCACUCAGCACUCGAGUUUGUACAUGAAGUGACUCCUGCUUCUUCUGAGGGGAAAACAGUGUUGUAAAUGUAACGUCUCUGCCUUUGUACAUCUGAAGGAUAAGGUGUACUAUAUGAAACGGCUCCUAAACAUGCUGAGA